AUGCAGGUCUUUGCCAUAGCGGAGACCAAUCUCAAAGAAAAGAUGAUAGGUUUGUGCGGGAACUUUAAUGACAAGCAGCUGGACGACUAUAAGGUGAUGAGUGGGUUGGUGGAGGCCACGAGCACAGAGUUUGCAAAUGCAUGGAAAACCCAAGCCAACUGUCCAGACAUCUCCAGUCAGCUGUACCACCCGUGCACCCAGGCCAUCAGCAAAGUGAGCUAUGGAGACUACUGGUGCUCCAAGCUGACUGAAGAAGAGGGACCUUUUGCUCCAUGUCAUUCUGCCAUCCCGCCUGAACCCUAUGAGCAGCGCUGCAAGUACAUGGUGUGUGCUGGGGAGAAGAGCGAGGACUCCAUGUGCGCGGCUGUAUCCUCCUACGUCCUGGCCUGCUCCCAGACAGGGGUCUACAUCCAGAACUGGAGGGAUACCAUUUGUGCUAAAUACACAGUGUGCCCAACGGGUACCUCAUUCAGCUACAACAUGACGAGCUGCCUCCGUACCUGCCGCUCCCUGAGCCAGGUUGACUACACCUGCCAGAAGAAUGUCCCAUUGGUGGAUGGCUGCGGCUGUCUCGAGGGCACCUACAUGAACCCAAAUGGCCAGUGUGUGGCCAGCUCCGACUGCCCCUGCUAUGAUAAAGAAAAUAUCAUCUCUGCGGGACAGACCAUCAACAAGGACGGCACCACCUGUGUCUGCAGAGAUGGAAUUCUAAGCUGUGAAGGGAUGACUCUGCAAGCCACGUGCACCUCUCCCAUGGUGUACUUCAAUUGCUCCACUGCUGACGCCGGGUCCACUGGUGCAGAGUGCCAGAAGAGCUGUGGCACUUUGGAAAUGGCUUGCAUCAGCUCGGGCUGCACCUCCGGCUGCAUGUGUCCGGAGGGCCUGGUGUCAGAUGGGGCGGGGGGCUGUAUCGAGGAGAGCAAAUGUCCCUGUUUGCACAAUGGGAAAGUGUACCAGUCUGGAGAGACCCUCAAAGUGGACUGCAACACCUGUUAUUGCUCAAACCGAAAGUUCAUCUGCACCUCUAACGCCUGUGAUUCUGUCUGCGGCAUUUAUGGGGAAGGGCACUACAUCACGUUUGAUGACAAGAGAUAUGACUUCAAUGGACAGUGCCAGUACACACUGCUGCAGGAUCACUGCGGUGGAUCAACCAACGGCACUUUCAGAAUCAUCACUGAGAACGUGCCAUGUGGUACAACGGGCACCACCUGCUCUCGACUGAUUAAGAUUUACCUGGGGGAGGCAGAGUAUCAGUUCAGUGAGGAAAAAUUCCAUGUGCUGAAGAGUGGAAGCCAGUUCAGCCCGGCUCAGGUGCAGACGAUGGGCUUGUACCUGGUGUUCACCCUUAUGCCUGGUGUGGUUCUCAUGUGGGACAAGAAGACGAGUCUCUUCAUUAAACUCCAUCCAGAUUAUCAGAGCCAUGUGUGUGGUUUGUGUGGAAAUUACGAUGGUAAAAGCACAAAUGACUUCACAACACGCUCUCAAGAGGUUGUGACAGAUGUUUUGGAGUUUGGGAACAGCUGGAAGGUCUCGACGAGCUGCCCCAACGCUCAGCUCAUCAAAGACCCCUGCCUCACACACAGCUACCGCACGGCUUGGGCACAGAAACAGUGCAGCAUCAUCACCAGCCCCACAUUCCACAGCUGCCAUUCACAGGUGGACCCGGGCCCAUACUUUGACUCAUGUGUCAGAGACUCUUGUGCCUGCGACUCUGGUGGAGACUGUGAAUGUUUAUGCACUGCUGUGGCUUCUUACGCCAAAGCAUGUAACGAGGCCGGUGUGUGUGUCACAUGGAGAACACCAAAUCUAUGCCCUGUCUUUUGUGACUACUACAAUUCCCCUGGAGGCUGUGAGUGGCAUUACAAACCCUGUGGCGCAGACUGCAUGAAGACCUGUAGAAAUCCAUCAGGGAACUGCUCCAGUCUUAUCACUGCAAUUGAAGGCUGUUAUCCAGAAUGCCCACCAAGUGAACCAUUCUUUGAUGAAGACAGCAUGAAGUGUGUCACCAGGGAGAAAUGUGGCUGUUUUGACGACAAGGGCGAUCAUUACACUGUUGGACAGCAUGUUCCUUCAGCCAACUGUUACACUUGUGCUUGCACAGAAUCUGGAAUAAAUUGCAGCCACAAUACAAGUUCCUGCACAUGCUUCAUAAAUGGGAAGAUCUACACAUAUGGAGAAAUCAUAUACAACACUACGGAUGGACUUGGGAACUGCAUCACAGCAGAAUGUGGAGAAGAUGGGGAAAUAAAGAGAAAAUUGUUUCCUUGCACAAUCACAACCACAGCUGUUCCUACAACGUUUGUUUUUACUACAUCAGUGCCUGCAACAACAACAACAAGUGAAACAACAACAAAAACCAUUGAAACAACUACUUCUGGUCCCACUACCAAAGGGGCAAAAACAACUACCCCAACUACAGCAACAACAGGCCCAACAACAACAGCAUCUACAACUGCGGUAGUGGAAACCACUACUACUGUUCCAGUGAUGACAACUACAAGUGGACCAACAACAAAAAAUGUUUCUUCUACACCUUCUGUCACUACUGUAACAACUAAAGUGCCUGCAACAACAACAACAAGUGAAACAACAACAAAAAACAUUGAAACAACUACUUCUGGUCCCACUACCAAAGGGGCAAAAACAACUAUUCCAACUACAGCAACAACAGGCCCAACAGCAACAGCGUCUACAACUGCUGUGGUAGAAAAAACGACUACUGUUCCAGUGAUGACAACUACAAGUGGACCAACAACAAAAAAUGUUUCUUCUACACCUUCUGUCACUACUGUAACAACUAAAGUGCCUGCAACAACAACAACAACAACAAGUGAAACAACAACAAAAACCAUUGAAACAACUACUUCUGUUCCCACUACCAAAGGGGCAAAAACAACUACCCCAACUACAGCAACAACAGGCCCAACAACAACAGCAUCUACAACUGCGGUAGUGGAAACCACUACUACUGUUCCAGUGAUGACAACUACAAGUGGACCAACAACAAAAAAUGUUUCUUCUACACCUUCUGUCACUACUGUAACAACUAAAGUGCCUGCAACAACAACAACAAGUGAAACAACAACGAAAAACAUUGAAACAACUACUUCUGGUCCCACUACCAAAGGGGCAAAAACAACUAUUCCAACUACAGCAACAACAGGCCCAACAGCAACAGCGUCUACAACUGCUGUGGUGGAAAAAACGACUACUGUUCCAGUGAUGACAACUACAAGUGGACCAACAACAAAAAAUGUUUCAUCUACACCUUCUGUCACUACUGUAACAACUAAAGUUCCUGCAACAACAACACCAAGUGAAACAACAACAAAAACCAUUGAAACAACUACUUCUGGUCCCACUACCAAAGGGGCAACAACAACUACCCCAACUACAGCAACAACAGGCCCAACAACAACAGCGUCUACAACUGCUGUGGUGGAAAAAACUACUACUGUUCCAGUGAUGACAACUACAAGUGGACCAACAACAAAAAAUGUUUCUUCUACACCUUCUGUUACUACUGUAACAACUAAAGUGCCUGCAACAACAACAGCAAGUGAAACAACAACAAAAACCAUUGAAACAACUACUUCUGGUCCCACUACCAAAGGGGCAAAAACAACUAUUCCAACUACAGCAACAACAGGCCCAACAGCAACAGCAUCUACAACUGCUGUGGUGGAAAAAACGACUACUGUUCCAGUGAUGACAACUACAAGUGGACCAACAACAAAAAAUGUUUCUUCUACACCUUCUGUCACUACUGUAACAACUAAAGUGCCUGCAACAACAACAACAAGUGAAACAACAACAAAAACCAUUGAAACAACUACUUCUGGUCCCACUACCAAAGGGGCAAAAACAACUAUUCCAACUACAGCAACAACAGGCCAAACAGCAACAGCGUCUACAACUGCUGUGGUGGAAAAAACGACUACUGUUCCAGUGAUGACAACUACAAGUGGACCAACAACAAAAAAUGUUUCUUCUACACCUUCUGUCACUACUGUAACAACUAAAGUGCCUGCAACAACAACAACAACAAGUGAAACAACAACAAAAACCAUUGAAACAACUACUUCUGGUCCCACUACCAAAGGGGCAAAAACAACUACCCCAACUACAGCAACAACAGGCCCAACAACAACAGCAUCUACAACUGCGGUAGUGGAAACCACUACUACUGUUCCAGUGAUGACAACUACAAGUGGACCAACAACAAAAAAUGUUUCUUCUACACCUUCUGUCACUACUGUAACAACUAAAGUGCCUGCAACAACAACAACAAGUGAAACAACAACAAAAACCAUUGAAACAACUACUUCUGGUCCCACUACCAAAGGGGCAAAAACAACUAUUCCAACUACAGCAACAACAGGCCCAACAGCAACAGCGUCUACAACUGCUGUGGUAGAAAAAACGACUACUGUUCCAGUGAUGACAACUACAACAUCUACAACUGCGGUAGUGGAAACCACUACUACUGUUCCAGUGAUGACAACUACAAGUGGACCAACAACAAAAAAUGUUUCUUCUACACCUUCUGUCACUACUGUAACAACUAAAGUGCCUGCAACAACAACAACAAGUGAAACAACAACGAAAAACAUUGAAACAACUACUUCUGGUCCCACUACCAAAGGGGCAAAAACAACUAUUCCAACUACAGCAACAACAGGCCCAACAGCAACAGCGUCUACAACUGCUGUGGUGGAAAAAACGACUACUACAGGCCCAACAACAACAGCAUCUACAACUGCGGUAGUGGAAACCACUACUACUGUUCCAGUGAUGACAACUACAAGUGGACCAACAACAAAAAAUGUUUCAUCUACACCUUCUGUCACUACUGUAACAACUAAAGUUCCUGCAACAACAACACCAAGUGAAACAACAACAAAAAACAUUGAAACAACUACUUCUGGUCCCACUACCAAAGGGGCAACAACAACUACCCCAACUACAGCAACAACAGGCCCAACAACAACAGCGUCUACAACUGCUGUGGUGGAAAAAACUACUACUGUUCCAGUGAUGACAACUACAAGUGGACCAACAACAAAAAAUGUUUCUUCUACACCUUCUGUCACUACUGUAACAACUAAAGUGCCUGCAACAACAACAGCAAGUGAAACAACAACAAAAACCAUUGAAACAACUACUUCUGGUCCCACUACCAAAGGGGCAAAAACAACUAUUCCAACUACAGCAACAACAGGCCCAACAGCAACAGCAUCUACAACUGCUGUGGUGGAAAAAACGACUACUGUUCCAGUGAUGACAACUACAAGUGGACCAACAACAAAAAAUGUUUCUUCUACACCUUCUGUCACUACUGUAACAACUCCAACUACAGAAAAAAAAGGCACAUCAACAACCGCAUCUACAGCUGCGGUAGUGGGAACAACAACUACUGCUCCAGUGAGGACAACAAGUGGACCAACAACAACAAAUGUGUUAUCUAACCCUUCUUUCACUACUGUAACAACUAAAGUACCAGUAACAACUACCAAAGGGGCAAAAACAACUACCCCAACUACAGCAACAACAGGCCCAACAACAACAGCAUCUACAACUGCGGUAGUGGAAACCACUACUACUGUUCCAGUGAUGACAACUACAAGUGGACCAACAACAAAAAAUGUUUCUUCUACACCUUCUGUCACUACUGUAACAACUAAAGUGCCUGCAACAACAACAAGUGAAACAACAACAAAAACCAUUGAAACAACUACUUCUGGUCCCACUACCAAAGGGGCAAAAACAACUAUUCCAACUACCGAAACAACAGGCCCAACAGCAACAGCGUCUACAACUGCUGUAGUGGAAAAAACGACUACUGUUCCAGUGAUGACAACUACAAGUGGACCAACAACAAAAAAUGUUUCUUCUACACCUUCUGUCACUACUGUAACAACUAAUGUGCCUGCAACAACAACAACAACAAGUGAAACAACAACAAAAACCAUUGAAACAACUACUUCUGGUCCCACUACCAAAGGGGCAAAAACAACUAUUCCAACUACAGCAACAACAGGCCCAACAGCAACAGCGUCUACAACUGCUGUGGUAGAAAAAACAACUACUGUUCCAGUGAUGACAACUACAAGUGGACCAACAACAAAAAAUGUUUCUUCUACACCUUCUGUCACUACUGUAACAACUAAAGUGCCUUCAACAACAGCAAGUGAAACAACAACAAAAACCAUUGAAACACCUACUUCUGGUCCCACUACCAAAGAGGCAAAAACAACUACCCCAACUACAGCAACAACGGGACCAACAGCAACAGCGUCUACAACUGCUGUGGUGGAAAAAACGACUACUGUUCCAGUGAUGACAACUACAAGUGGACCAACAACAAAAAAUGUUUCUUCUACACCUUCUGUCACUACUGUAACAACUAAAGUGCCUGCAACAACAACAAGUGAAACAACAACAAAAAACAUUGAAACAACCACUUCUGGUCCCACUACCAAAGGGGCAAAAACAACUACCCCAACUACAGUAACAACAGGCCCAACAGCAACAGCGUCUACAACUGCUGUGGUGGAAAAAACGACUACUGUUCCAGUGAUGACAACUACAAGUGGACCAACAACAAAAAAUGUUUCUUCUACACCUUCUGUCACUACUGUAACAACUAAAGUGCCUGCAACAACAACAACAACAACAAGUGAAACAACAACAAAAACCAUUGAAACAACUACUUCUGGUCCAACUACCAAAGGGGCAAAAACAACUACCCCAACUACAGCAACAACAGGCCCAACAACAACAGCAUCUACAACUGCGGUAGUGGAAACCACUACUACUGUUCCAGUGAUGACAACUACAAGUGGACCAACAACAAAAAAUGUUUCUUCUACACCUUCUGUCACUACUGUAACAACUAAAGUGCCUGCAACAACAACAACAAGUGAAACAACAACAAAAACCAUUGAAACAACUACUUCUGGUCCCACUACCAAAGGGGCAAAAACAACUAUUCCAACUACAGCAACAACAGGCCCAACAGCAACAGCGUCUACAACUGCUGUGGUAGAAAAAACGACUACUGUUCCAGUGAUGACAACUACAAGUGGACCAACAACAAAAAAUAUUUCUUCUACACCUUCUGUCACUACUGUAACAGGCCCAACAGCAACAGCAUCUACAACUGCUGUGGUGGAAAAAACGACUACUGUUCCAGUGAUGACAACUACAAGUGGACCAACAACAAAAAAUGUUUCUUCUACACCUUCUGUCACUACUGUAACAACUAAAGUGCCUGCAACAACAACAACAACAACAACAAGUGAAACAACAAAAAAAAACAUUGAAACAACUACUUCUGGUCCCACUACCAAAGGGGCAAAAACAACUAUUCCAACUACAGCAACAACAGGCCCAACAACAACAGCAUCUACAACUGCGGUAGUGGAAACCACUACUACUGUUCCAGUGAUGACAACUACAAGUGGACCAACAACAAAAAAUGUUUCUUCUACACCUUCUGUCACUACUGUAACAACUAAAGUGCCUGCAACAACAACAACAAGUGAAACAACAACGAAAAACAUUGAAACAACUACUUCUGGUCCCACUACCAAAGGGGCAAAAACAACUAUUCCAACUACAGCAACAACAGGCCCAACAGCAACAGCGUCUACAACUGCUGUGGUGGAAAAAACGACUACUGUUCCAGUGAUGACAUCUACAAGUGGACCAACAACAAAAAAUGUUUCUUCUACACCUUCUGUCACUACUGUAACAACUAAAGUGCCUGCAACAACAACAACAACAAGUGAAACAACAACAAAAACCAUUGAAACAACUACUUCUGGUCCCACUACCAAAGGGGCAACAACAACUACCCCAACUACAGCAACAACAGGCCCAACAGCGUCUACAACUGCUGUGGUGGAAAAAACGACUACUGUUCCAGUGAUGACAACUACAAGUGGACCAACAACAAAAAAUGUUUCUUCUACACCUUCUGUCACUACUGUAACAACUAAAGUGCCUGCAACAACAACAAGUGAAACAACAACAAAAAACAUUGAAACAACUACUUCUGGUCCCACUACCAAAGGGGCAAAAACAACUACCCCAACUACAGCAACAACAGGCCCAACAACAACAGCAUCUACAACUGCGGUAGUGGAAACCACUACUACUGUUCCAGUGAUGACAACUACAAGUGGACCAACAACAAAAAAUGUUUCUUCUACACCUUCUGUCACUACUGUAACAACUAAAGUGCCUGCAACAACAACGGCAAGUGAAACAACAACAAAAACCAUUGAAACAACUACUUCUGGUCCCACUACCAAAGGGGCAAAAACAACUAUUCCAACUACAGCAACAACAGGCCCAACAGCAACAGCGUCUACAACUGCUGUGGUAGAAAAAACGACUACUGUUCCAGUGAUGACAACUACAAGUGGACCAACAACAAAAAAUGUUUCUUCUACACCUUCUGUCACUACUGUAACAACUAAAGUUCCUGCAACAACAACAGAAAGUGAAACAACAACAAAAACCAUUGAAACAACUACUUCUGGUCCCACUACCAAAGGGGCAAAAACAACUACCCCAACUACAGCAACAACAGGCCCAACAACAACAGCAUCUACAACUGCGGUAGUGGAAACCACUACUACUGUUCCAGUGAUGACAACUACAAGUGGACCAACAACAAAAAAUGUUUCUUCUACACCUUCUGUCACUACUGUAACAACUAAAGUGCCUGCAACAACAACGGCAAGUGAAACAACAACAAAAAACAUUGAAACAACUACUUCUGGUCCCACUACCAAAGGGGCAAAAACAACUAUUCCAACUACAGCAACAACAGGCCCAACAGCAACAGCGUCUACAACUGCUGUGGUAGAAAAAACGACUACUGUUCCAGUGAUGACAACUACAAGUGGACCAACAACAAAAAAUGUUUCUUCUACACCUUCUGUCACUACUGUAACAACUAAAGUUCCUGCAACAACAACAGAAAGUGAAACAACAACAAAAACCAUUGAAACAAAAACCAUUGAAACAACUACUUCUGGUCCCACUACCAAAGGGGCAAAAACAACUACCCCAACUACAGCAACAACAGGCCCAACAGCAACAGCGUCUACAACUGCUGUGGUGGAAAAAACGACUACUGUGAUGACAACUACAAGUGGACCAACAACAAAAAAUGUUUCUUCUACACCUUCUGUCACUACUGUAACAACUAAAGUGCCUUCAACAACAACACCAAGUGAAGCAACAACAAAAAAUAUUGAAACAACUACUUCUGGUCCCACUACCAAAGGGGCAAAAACAACUACCCCAACUACAGCAACAACAGGCCCAACAACAACAGCAUCUACAACUGCGGUGGUGGAAAACACUACUGCUAUUCCAGUGAUAACAACUACAAGUGGACCAACAACAAAAAAUGUUUCAUCUACACCUUCUGUCACUACUGUAACAACUAAAGUUCCUGUAACAGCAACAACAACAAGUGAAACAACAAAAAAAGUUGAAACAACUACUUCUGGUCCCACUACCAAAGGGGCAACAACAACUACCCCAACUACAGAAACAUCAGGCCCAACAACAACAGCGUCCACAACUGUGGCAGUGGAAACAACUACUACUGUUCCAUUGAUGACAACUACAAGUGGACCAACAACAACAAAUGUGUUAUCUAACCCUUCCUUCACUACUUUAACAACUAAAGCAUCAGUAACAUCAAUAACAAGUGAAACAACAACAAAAACUAUUGCAACAUCUACAUCUGGUCCCACUUCAAAAAGAGCAACAACAACUACUCUAUCUACAGCAACCUUGGGCUCAACAACAACAGCGUCUACAACUGCUGUGAUAGAAACAACUACUUCUGUUUCAGUGAUGACAACUACAAGUGGACUAACAACGGCAAAUGUUUCAUCUACACCUUCUGUCACCACUGUAACAACUAACGUGCCUGCAACCACAACACCAAGUGAAACAACAACAAAAACUUUUACAAGUACUUCUCGUCCCACUACUAAAGGGCCAACAACAACUACUCCAAAUAUAGCAACAACAGCCCCAACAACAACAGCAUCUACAACUGCUGUGUUGGAAACAACCUCUACUUUUCCAGUGAUUACAACUACAAUUGGACAAACAACGAAAUAUCCAGGCACAACAACUGUUUUUGUUAUCACAGAGGCACCAGAAACAACUACUGUAUUGACCCAGCCAUCAAUGUUAAACACAACUACUGUAAUUUCAACUGUUUCUGAAGGCACAACUUCUCAAGGAGUAACAUCAGUUGGACCAACUACACAGACUCUUCCUCCAUCCACUGUUUUUACCACAACAUUGUUGUCAACCUCAUCAGCCUGUAAUUGCCUUGUCAAUGGAACCGUUUUUAGUCCAGGUGAUCUGAUUUACAAUGUUACUGAUACAAUGGGAUGGUGCUACACUGCUUAUUGUAAUGCAAGUUGCAAAGUUGAAGUAGUUUCCACGCUGUGCACAACACCAUCUCCCACAAGUACUCCAACAACUCCCAGUGUCAUCUCUGUUUCAACUUCUGCGCCUUUCACAACCUCAUUGAGUCCUUCCACAACUAUGUUGGACUGCAUUGAUGAAUCUCCUCCUAGAAAGAAUGGAGAAAGCUGGGAUAUUGGUAACUGCACCACAGCCAAAUGUGACAAUGGUGUGGUCACUAUUUCACCUACCUCCUGCACUGAACCACCUCCACUGCUGUGUACCAACGGACGUCAAGCUAUGAAAGUUUAUGACCAACAAGGGUGCUGUUACCAUUAUGAGUGCCCAUGUGUGUGCAGUGUUUGGAAAGAUAACCAUCACUUAACAUUUGAUGGGAAAAGUUAUGAUUUUACUGGAAAUUGCACUUAUUAUCUAGUCAAAGAGAUAGUAACCAAGUACAAUCUGACCAUCACUGUGAAUGAACAAGACUGUGAAUACUCUGAUGGUGCCACAUUCUGUCCCCACUCUCUCACUGUGGCUUACCAGUCAGAUGUGGUAGUACUAAAGCAGUCAAACAAUUCAGGAACCGUCCAGAUACAGGUCUUUGUGAAUGAAAAGCGAGUUUAUCCUUCUUACAAAAAUACUGCAGUCACUAUCACUGGAACAGACAUUGCAGUCAAUUUGAAAAUAGAAGCCAUCCAGACAGAAGUCUUCUUUAGAGGUUCAUCGAUCAGUGUUGAAUUGCCUCAAUCACUGUUUGGAAACAACACAGAGGGACAGUGUGGCAUGUGUGAUAACUCCCCAUCCAAUGACUGCCGCUCUCCCAACGGUCAAGUACAGAACUGCUCCAUCUCUGCUGGCCAAUGGGUGGUCCCAGAGAUACCAUGUGUGCAGCCCACUCCAGCCCCUCCACAGCCUCCUUUUGUGUGUGUGGCCGAAGAGUGCAAUAUCCUGACCAGCAGUGUUUUCGAGAAAUGCCUUAAAGUAGUACCGGUGACUCCAUAUUUGGACUCAUGCAUCUCGGACGUUUGCAGUGGUGAAAAUAAAACCUGCCCCAUUCUAGAGGCUUAUGCAGGGGAGUGCUCCAGGGCUGGGGUCUGCCUGGACUGGAGGAACCAAACCAAUGGGCUCUGUGAUUACACAUGUCCAGACAAUAAAGUAUACAAAGCAUGUGGUUCUGAGGUAACGUCGACAUGUGAUGACAGAUACAAUAAAAAGUUCGCAGCAGAUAAUGAAACUGCAAUGGAGGGCUGCUUCUGUUCCGAGGGCACCACUGAGUACAAGUCAGCCUACCCCGAGUGUGUCAGCACCUGUGAUGUGUGUGAGGGGCCCGAUGGAAAACCACGACAGCCUGGAGACACCUGGACUAGCGAUUGCAACUCUUGCUUAUGUGACAAAGACUCUCUGAGCAUCCAGUGUACGCCUCUGCCGUGUCCAGUACAGGACUCUGUAAAUUGCUCCGCGCCAGGAGAACAGAUUGUUUACGAAACCAUCAACUGCUGCAACUUCCAGAAAUGUGAAUGCAACUCAACCCUCUGCCCCAGCCCGCCCUCAUGUCCUCUGGGCUGGACUGUGAAUGUGACGGUUGGUAUCUGCUGCCAGGAGUACACGUGUGUUCCUAAAGGCGUGUGUGUCCAUGACAUGAAGGAAUAUGAGCCUGGAGCCGUGAUCCCCAGCACUACGACCACAGCAGAACCUCCACUAGAGGCACCCCUGAACACUUCACCCCCUACCUCCUCCUCCCCCUCACCCAGCCCCGCCCCCUCUGAGAGCUCCUGUAGGAAUUGUUACUGCAGUGAUGAGGUCAACACCACUACUUCCCUGCACAUCAUCAAGUGCACUCCUGUGGUCUGCAAUAAGGACUGUUCUGAGGGUUAUACAUAUGAAGAAAUACCAGGAGAGUGCUGUGGCCAUUGUGUCCAAACGCACUGCACUCUUGUUAUUGAUAACUCUACAAUCACCAUUGCCCCCAAUGAGACGUAUGUGUCGCCUGUUGACAAGUGUGUCAAAUACACGUGUGAGACAUUAAAUGGCCAGUUUAUGAUGCAGAAGGUCACAAAAACAUGUCCAGCAUUCAACCCUCUGAACUGUGAACCUGGCACAGAGACCACAGAUGCUGACGGAUGCUGCAAAUCUUGUACUCUUCGCAGCGUGUGUGAGGUGCUCUCUGAGGCCAAGGUGAUAGAGGUGAAUGACUGUAAGAGCGAUCAGCCAGUCAACAUGACCUACUGCUUUGGGCAAUGUGGCAGCUCCUCCAAGUACUCUGCUUCAGCGAACUCCAUGCUACAGAAGUGUGAAUGUUGUCAAGUCACCAGCACCACCCAAAGACAGGUGGCCCUCAAGUGCAGUGACGGCUCCAGAGUUGACCACACAUACACCCUGGCCACCGGGUGUGCCUGUUCUCCUUCACAAUGUCCGACCCAAACAAGGCGCCGCAGAAGACGCUAGGGCUGCACAAUUGCUGAACUGAAUCAAAAUCAUUAUUUGAGUGACUUCUGCAAACAUGUUCUGAAAUGUAUGUGAUUUUUCUAGUAGUUUAUAAGUUCAUAUUUCAGUCUUUGCAAAUGUAAUCACGACCACAAUACUAGGCAGAAAAAUCGCAAUUUGAUUAUUUUCCAAAAUCAUGCAGUCCUACACCAGGCCGAGACAUAUAUAUUAGCACCUUUCUCCUCUUUUCACCAAGACGACUAUCAAC